AUGGCCUUCGGCAAUACCUUGUCUCUCACUGACGGCCUUCCCCUGGAAAAUCCUUAUGAGUACCAAAGUUUAAUAGGUGCCCUACAAUAUUGCACACUCACCCGACCUGAUAUCAGCUUCAGCGUCAACAAGCUAUGUCAAUUUAUGCACGCCCCCACCUUCUCACAUCUCCAAGUGGCAAAACGGCUCCUUCAGUAUCUCAAAGGUACUGCCCACCAUAGACUUCUAUUGUCCAAAUCCCCUGCUUUGGCGUUAACUUGCUACUCUGAUGCUGAUUGGGCCAGCUGCCCGGAUGAUCGACGGAGUACAAGUGAUUUCUAUGUGUUCUUAGGUUCCAGCUUAAUCUCAUGGUGCUCUUCCAAGCAAAAAGUUGUAUCAAGGUCUAGCGCCGAAUCGGAAUAUCGAGGACUCUCCAAUGUCGUUGUCGAAUUAAUCGGUACUGUCUGA